GGAACUUGAGGGUGCGACACCCGGCGGAAGUAAACAAUGCGAGCGCUAGCAGCGUUAGCUCUGCGGACGUCGGAGGACGAGGGUGUCGUCGUAUCGCAGAGAAACAUUUCGGUGGUAAUGAAGCAACAAUGUCUUCGGUUCAGUAUCUGAGAGAGUUUGUCAACGAGCGACUCACUGCUGCUGCCGAAGAAAUAUUCGGAGUCUUUGAGAAAACGAUCGUCGAGUACGAGGAAGAGAUCGAUCGUCAGCGCAGGCUGCUGGAUAUCGUCUGGAGACCCGAGAUAAAGCUACACAGGAUAGAGCUCCCACGGCAACAUGUCCGUAGGGAGGAGGAGGUUCUCGCUGACCUGCAGCUCUGUAACCAGGAGAGGGACUCCAGUCUGGACCCAGAGGACCCAGAGGACCCAGAGCCUCCGCAGAUUAAAGAGGAACAGGAGGAACUCUGCACCAGUCAGGAGGGAGAGCAGCUUGUACUGAAGCAGGAGACCGAUGCCUUUACGUUGACUCCUACUGGUGAGGAAAGUGACCACAGAGAACCAGAACCAAACGGGGACCAGCAGCUCCUCUCUCACAACUCUCCUGUAGCUGAGAGCCAGGAUCAGAAAGGAAGCAAGCAUGUGGACCCAGGAUCCACUACAAAUGCAGAGCCACAGCAGAAGAAGAGACGUCACAAUAACAAAGGUCACGGCAACAAUGUGUCCCACUCUCCCAAGACAAAGAGUCACUGUAACACUCAGACAGAGUUUGUCAACGAGCGACUCACUGCUGCUGCCGAAGAAAUAUUCGGAGUCUUUGAGAAAACGAUCGUCGAGUACGAGGAAGAGAUCGAUCGUCAGCGCAGGCUGCUGGAUAUCGUCUGGAGACCCGAGAUAAAGCUACACAGGAUAGAGCUCCCACGGCAACAUGUCCGUAAGGAGGAGGAGGUUCUCGCUGACCGGCAGCUCUGUAACCAGGAGAGGGACUCCAGUCUGGACCCAGAGGACCCAGAGCCUCCGCAGAUUAAAGAGGAACAGGAGGAACUCUGCACCAGUCAGGAGGGAGAGCAGCUUGUACUGAAGCAGGAGACCGAUGCCUUUAUGUUGACUCCUACUGGUGAGGAAAGUGACCACAGAGAACCAGAACCAAACGGGGACCAGCAGCUCCUCUCUCACAACUCUCCUGUAGCUGAGAGCCAGGAUCAGAAAGGAAGCAAGCAUGUGGACCCAGGAUCCACUACAAAUGCAGAGCCACAGCAGAAGAAGAGACGUCACAAUAACAAAGGUCACAGCAACAAUGUGUUCAACUCUCCCAAGACAAAGAGUCACUGUAACACUCAGACAGAGUUUGUCAACGAGCGACUCACUGCUGCUGCCGAAGAAAUAUUCGGAGUCUUUGAGAAAACGAUCGUCGAGUACGAGGAAGAGAUCGAUCGUCAGCGCAGGCUGCUGGAUAUCGUCUGGAGACCCGAGAUAAAGCUACACAGGAUAGAGCUCCCACGGCAACAUGUCCGUAAGGAGGAGGAGGUUCUCGCUGACCGGCAGCUCUGUGACCAGGAGAGGGACUCCAGUCUGGACCCAGAGGACCCAGAGGACCCAGAGCCUCCGCAGAUUAAAGAGGAACAGGAGGAACUCUGCACCAGUCAGGAGGGAGAGCAGCUUGUACUGAAGCAGGAGACCGAUGCCUUUAUGUUGACUCCUACUGGUGAGGAAAGUGGCCACAGAGAACCAGAACCAAACGGGGACCGGCAGCUCCUCUCUCACAACUCUCCUGUAGCUGAGAGCCAGGAUCAGAAAGGAAGCAAGCAUGUGGACCCAGGAUCCACUACAAAUGCAGAGCCACAGCAGAAGAAGAGACGUCACAAUAACAAAGGUCACGGCAACAAUGUGUUCAACUCUCCCAAGACAAAGAGUCACUGUAACACUCAGACAGGUCCAAAGUCUUUAAAAUGUGACACUUGUGGCAAAACGUUUAAGUAUAAGUCCCAACUGAACGUACAUCUGAGAACCCACACAGGUGAGAAACCAUAUGUUUGCAACACCUGUGGGAAAAGAUUCAGUCAGACAUCAACAUUGAAUGAUCAUUUAAGAAUCCACACAGGUGAGAAGCCAUAUUCUUGCGAAACGUGUGGGAAAGGUUUCAGAACUAGUACAGGCUUGUUGCUCCACAUGAGAACCCACACAGGUGAGAGACCCUAUGUGUGCAACACCUGUGGGAAAGGUUUCAGAUGUAGUAGUGACUUGUUAGUCCACAUGAGAACCCACACAGGUGAGAAGCCAUAUUCAUGUAAAAUAUGUGGGAGAGCUUUCAGACGUAACAGUGUCUUGAAACUUCACAUGAGUAUCCACACAGAAGAGAAGCCGUACCUUUGCAAGACCUGUGGGAAAAGGUUCUGUAGAGUCUCAUUAUUAAAGUGGCACAUGAGAAUCCACACAGGUGUGAAGCCAUAUUCAUGCGAAAUAUGUGGAACGAAUUUUUUAUGUAGUAGUGUCUUGAAAGUCCACAUGAGAACUCACACAGGUGAGAAGCCGUACUCCUGCAACACCUGUGGGAAGAAAUUCAGUCAGAGAUCAUCAUUAAAUGUGCAUUUAAAAAUCCACACAGGUGAGAAACCGUACCCUUGCAACACCUGUGGGAAAAGUUUCGGUCGGAUACCAGACUUGAAAAAGCACAUAAGAAUUCAUACAGAUUAAAAGUCGUAAACUUA